UAAAGAAUCAAGAAUCAAACACAUAUAUAGAGAGAGAAGAGAGAGCUCAGAGAUUGAGAGAGACAGAAAGUUGGUUCAGGGGCCCGGCGAUCUAUUUUUGAAAAACACAAUUUGGUGGCAGCAGAAUUGAAAUGGCAAACAAGUUGAUGAGCAUGGGUUUGGUUAUAGCAUUGGUUGCAGCUGCAGUAGCUUCCAUGUUGCAUGGAUCAUCUGCACAAACCACUCAUGUUGUGGGUGAUACAAGCGGCUGGACUAUUCCCACCAACGGCGGCGCCUCCACUUACUCCGCCUGGGCUAGCCGGAACACCUUCACCGUCGGCGAUAUUCUCGUUUUUAGAUUCAGCACAGGAGCCCAUGACGUGACUCAAGUAUCAAGGGCUGGAUUUGAUGGAUGCAAUGCCACAAACCCAAUUUCUCAAAACACUAAUGGCCCAGCAAAUAUCACCCUCACAACUGCUGGUCAACACUAUUACAUCUGCUCCGUACCAGGCCACUGUGGAAUUGGCCAAAAGUUGGCUAUAAAUGUCUCCGCCGCCGCGUCUCCACCGCGUGCCGCCCCCGCAGCCGUGCCUUCCCAGGCUCCAGCUUCAACCCCCGCAGCCGUGCCUUCCUCCACCGAUACCCCACCAUCCGUCCCUUCCGCAGAUUCUCCGCCGCCGCCUAGCACCGCCGCACCUUCUAUCGCUAUUGCCACCUUGCCACUCACUUUUUUGUCGCUUGCCUUAGCUUUCUUGUAUUAGAUUACACCAUUUCUAAGUUUUUGCCAUUUACAACAUUCAUUAUUUUACAUGAUUAUAUAUUUUUUCCACUUAUGAUUUGUAUUAAUAAAGACUUUAAUCCUAUUUUUGGUUUUAGAUUUAUCGGUAACAGUCCAUUUUAAGUGAUCAUAGUAUUAUUUUGGUAUAACUAUUUUUUGUUCUCUAUCAAUAAAACAUUUCAAAUUUCGUAACA